CAUCCUGGACCAGUCAUGACGUACCUCGCCAAAUGCCCCAACAACGACUGCAAAUCCUUCAAGGGCGACUCAGGCAACGUGUGGGUCAAGAUCGACCAGCUCGCGUACAACCCGGCCGCCAGCCCUGCGUGGGCGUCCUACCUGCUCCGCGACCAGGGAGCCAAGUGGAAGGUGACCAUCCCGCCCAGCCUCGCACCGGGCGAGUAUCUCCUGCGGCACGAGAUUCUCGGCCUGCAUGUGGCCGGCACGAGGAUGGGCGCCCAGUUCUACCCGAGCUGCACCCAGAUCCGCGUGACCCAGGGUGGGAGCACGCAGCUGCCCUCUGGCAUCGCGCUCCCAGGGGCUUACAACCCUGAUGACCCGGGUAUCCUGACUCACGUCUGGAGGAUCAACCAGGGCCAGAUCACUUACAAAGCCCCUGGAGGAGAUGUUUGGAGCGGUGCGGCGCCCAAUGCGAACAGGCCGGGUCCGUAAAAGGCGCGCGUUGUCCUGCUUGCGCGGCAGUUGGCCCAGCUCUUAGUGGCUCUG